AUGCUGCGUAAUAUAGGCGCCUUAGGCCUAUGCAGCAUCGUUGCUGCUGCAACAGCAACAGGCCCCUUAUACGCAGCAGCGGCAUCAUCAGCACAAGCAGCAGCAGCAGCAGCAAACCUCCCAGCAGCAGCAGAUCUUCCAGCAGCAGCAGCAGCAGCAGCAAAUCAGGAAUAUUUUGCAGGUGGCAAAGGUGAUGGAGCUGUUGUAUUGCUAGAGAGGAGGAAGGAGCGGCAGCAGCAGCAAGAGGAGUCUGCUGCAGCAGCAGCUGCAGCAGGAGCACCAGCAGCAGAACCAUCAGCAUUAUCAUCAGCAGCAGCAACAGCAACAGCAGCAACAGCAGCAACAGCAGCAGCAGCAGCAGCAGCAGCAGCAGCAGGAGAAUUAAGAAAGCUAGAAGAAGGAGAUAUAAUAAAAUUAGAGGAUGCAUUAGCAGCAAUCUAUAUAUUCUCUCUUGCUGCUGCUUAUUCAUCAUUAUCUGCCCUUCUUGUUUCUAUCUAUCGUCUUAUUUCCUUAAGAAUUAAUCUUGCUGCUGCUGCUGCUGAUCAAAAGGAAGCAGCAGAAGCAGCAGCAGCAGCAGCAGCAGCAGAAGCAGCAGCAGAAGCAGCAGCAGCAGCAGCAGCAGAUGCAGUAGCAAAAGCAGCAACAAAAGGAGCAGCAAAAGCAGCAGCAGAAGCAGUAGCAACAACAGCAGCAGAAGCAGCAGCAAAAGCAGCAGCAGAAGCAGUAGCAGUAGCAGCAGCAAUAGCAGCAGCAGAGACACAAAUUAGGGCACCAGCAGUACUACUAGCAGCAGCAGAAGCAGCAGCAAAAGCAGCAGCAGAAACAGUAGCAAAAGCAGCAGCAGAAGCAGCAACAAAAGCAGCAGCAGAAGUAGCAGCACAAGUAGCAGCAGAAGAAGCAGCAGAAAAAGCAGCUGCACAAGCAGCAGCACAAGCAGCAGCAGAAGCUGCAGCGGAGGCUGCAGCAAGAGCAGCAGAAGCAGCAGCACCUUCUGUUGCAGCAGAAACUGCAGCAGAAGCAGCAGAAGCAGCAGCAGAAGCAGCACCUUCUGUUGCAGCAGAAACUGCAGCAGAAGCAGCUGAAGCAGCAGCAGAAGCAGCAGCAGAAGCAGCAGCAGAAGUAGCAGCAGAAGCAGCAGCAGAAGCAGCAGCAGAAGCAGCAGCAGAAGCAGCAGGAGUAGUAGCAAAUGCUGCAGCAAAAGCAGUAGCAAGAGCAGCAGCAGAAGCAACAGCAGCAGCAGCAGCAGAAGCAGCAGCAAGACUAGGGUAUGACUAA